AUGCGAUGGGUUGACUCCGAUGGAUACCCGGACUUGUCAAUCUUCUCAAACCUCGUUUCCUUCCGCCUGGUGGGGAGAGCCUUGGCUUCGCAUAACGUCGGCGACGGAAUAUAUGAUCAGGCGCAUCGAGCUCGCGCUUGUCCAUCACUCCGUACGCUUCACCUGCAAGGGGACGUCAUGAUGCCAGCUGCGAUCGUGAACCAGCUUCACGAGCUCCAUCCCCACCUGCGCGUAUUCUCUACGCGAAAGACUUCCCUGACGCCGCGGGAUAUUUUGGAUAUCGUCAGAAAACACCCGGGCUUGGAAGAAGUCAACGCGGACUUUAAGGGCCAAUAUGACGACUGCCAACUUGGGGCGGUGAUGGACUCGAUUCGCGGGCGAGUUGGAAAGCGAUCUCGUGCAGCACUGGACUUUGGAGCAUCGACGGCGAGCGAGCAUCACGCAUGGCGUGAGCUGCUAGUUGACGGGUUUGCCUGUGUGCGCACGAAGCAGUGCACUAUUAGCGCACACGACAAUGCACAGUAUCAUCUGGACUCGCUGGCCAUUCGCCUACGUAUCUCCGAUACAAUCGUCGACCUCACAACGGACCACCUGGCCGCGCUUCUAGAUCAACCUGCCGACUUUACGUUCCAAGAUCUCCGUCAUUUCGCUAUUUCCUUCAGUCAAUACGGCACCAGUGUGACGUUCACUACGUUCAAGAACGAGAGGACGUUCCAUGACUUUACGAUGCGCCUAUGUGAUGUCCUCUCGCAAUGGUCGUGCCUCGAGACCUUUACCUUCCACCACGACCUCGAAGGACGUCGUAUGGACGAGUUGGAGACACCCUUCUACUUCGACGAAGCCGUGCCCUUACUCGACGAGCCCUCCCUGCCGUCGGAGCUCGCCUACGUGAUGGAAUUCGCGCAUAACCUCGACAACCACCUCGACUUUUUAAUUGACUCCGUCCGCGCGACGGCCUUGCUCUGGGAGCUAAGCCGCAUACUGGGCAGAAAAGUCGAGAGGCAGGACGAUAUUGACCUCGACGAGAUAUGGCUGCAGCGCCAUCGGUCUGGGUUCGCUCGUUGCGCUGGGCGUUUGGCGGAAGCGUGUCCACGGCUCAGGGUGUUUCGAUGGUAUUUGGGAGCUUGCAAGCCGAUAGCGUCUCUCGCAUACAAGAUGCAUCGCGAGGAGGGCGGGGAGCUGUCGGCCAUGACGGAGAAGCUGGCACUACGAGGGAAGUUCUUUCCCUUUGAGAUGCUGGCUGGACAGGAGCUACGUGUGGCGAGAGGGUCUUGGGGAGAGAGUGGUGCGUGA